AUGUCUGACACUCAACCGGAUGAGAUAAGGAGCACAAAUGAUGCUCAGCAUGAAAGCAAGACCGCCAAUCCUUCCAUCAGCGUUGAAGGCAUGACGCAAGAUGUCGUACACCGUCGCCAAAGAAUAUCAGACCUCUUUACAAUUCUUUGUGCAGGAGCAGCACUCAUCUCAGAUGGCUAUCAGAAUAACUUGAUGACUAUGUCGAAUGUGCUGUUCAAGAAGGAAUAUCAUGAGCAGUACACUUCGUCUGUCAGUACUCGGGUAUCCAACGCUCUCCUCGUUGGUGAGAUUCUCGGUCAGAUUGCCAUUGGCCUCACGUGCGACUACCUUGGACGAAAGACAGCCAUUGUGCUGACCACAAUGUGCAUUGUUGUCGGCGGUAUCCUAGCCACAGUGGCACACGGCACGACUAUCGAUGGAAUGUUUUGGAUGCUGACAGUUGCUCGAGGUGUCGUUGGUUUUGGAACUGGUGGCGAAUAUCCUGCGAGUAGCACAUCUGCUUCUGAGUCUGCCAAUGAGCGAGCACUGGACAAACGAGGACCGAUAUUCAUCCUUGUUACAAAUUUGCCGCUAUCUUUUGGAGGUCCGCUUGCAGUGUCUAUUUUCAUGAUUGUUCUUUCAGCCGCUGGAACUGACAAUCUCUCGACUGUGUGGCGUGUCUGUUUUGGAAUCGGGAUCUUGCUACCCCUCACUGUCUUCUAUUUUCGUAUACGCAUGCUCAACUCAAAGCUCUACCGUCAAGGUGCCAUUAAACGAAGGGUUCCUUAUGUCCUCGUUCUUCGCUACUAUUGGAAAACCCUGAUAGGCACUUGUGGUGCUUGGUUCCUCUACGACUUUGUCACAUUUCCAAAUGGGGUCUUCUCGGGCACCAUACUUGCCUCGGUCGUACCUGAGGGCGGCAACACACUCCUACACACGGCAGAAUGGCAGCUACUCCUCGGUUGCAUUGCCCUGCCUGGGGUAUUCAUUGGUGCAUGGAUGUGCGACAGAGUUGGCAGGAAAAACACCAUGAUGAUAGGGUUCGCGGGGUACUUGGUGUUUGGUCUGAUCAUCGGCUGUGCAUAUGACCAAAUUACCAAGAUUGUCCCCUUGUUUGUGAUAUUCUACGGUCUGAUGCAAUCUUCUGGGAAUCUCGGUCCUGGAGACAUGCUUGGUCUGCUCUCAUCCGAGAGCUACGCCACGAGUGUUCGCGGAACGUGUUACGGCAUCAGUGCAGCGCUGGGCAAAACUGGAGCAGCUGUAGGAACGCAGGUUUUUAAGCCGAUUCAGCUGAAUCUAGGGAAGCGUUGGACAUUUAUCAUUGCUGCAAUUUGCGGAGUGACGGGAAUUUUGGUUACGUAUUUCUUUGUCCCGAAUGUCACGGGAGAGGACUUGAGCAAAAAUGAUGAGAGGUUCCGUACGUACCUUGUGCAUCAUGGGUGGAAUGGGGAGAUUGGGGAAGGGGACUUGAAAUCUUCUGCUGAUGGCAUCAGUUCAGUUAUGGAGGGGAAAACAAAUCCUUGA